AUGGCAGACACCGAAGAGCCCCAGUUUAACACGCUGGCAGAGCGGAUAGCCGCGUUGAACAAGCAGAAGAACUUCAGCAGCGUUGGAACCCCCGAGGCUGCUUGCAAGAAGCCGCCGCCGCCUCCUCCUCCCGGACGCCCUUCUGCUGAAGCCCAGGGACGAAGCCACACGGCCCCCGUCGUGACCAUCAGCUCGGCACAUGAGGUUGCACCUCGAAUGCCUCCGAGACCCAAGCCAAAUGCCGAUGCACCGCCCCCUCUCCCUCGUCGGAACACCCAGAAUGCUGCAGAUGCUUCUGGACCUCCUCCUUUGCCGUCAAGGACCGGAUCGUUUCAGGCGUCACCUGCACUGCCGCCGCGGCGAACGUCAACAAUUACGGUUCCCAAGCCCUCAGGGCGACGCAACUCUGCAUCGUCUGAAGCUUCGAUGCAGUCCACCAUGUCGUCUCUGUCACUGACAAAGACAAUUUCCUCGACCACGAGCAAUGGGUCCAACGGCACCAUCGUGCAUAAGCUGCCACCCGUGACGGACAUGGCUGACUUGCCUCCUUUGCCGCCUACCAGGCGAGAAUUGGAAGCAAAGGCCAAGGAGGAAGCUACAGCGAGGCAGGCCGCCGCCAAAGAGGCCAGGCCUGGUCUUCCCCCUAGACAGCCAUCGAGACCAGUCAGGCCCCAGGUAUCUGCAAUUACUGAAUCCAUACCGAGACCGACACCGAGGCCGACACAAAAGUCCGCCCCUGUGACUGUUCAAAUCCGGGGCUUUGGAUCUGCAACUCAACCAGAGCAGCCCCCACGAAUGCCACCGAGACCCAAGAUUGCUGCCGCUGCUGAUGACACUCCACCUCCUGUUCCAAUGGCCUCUCGACCAUCCGUCGCCCAGAUCCAUGCCAUGUCAGCUCGGGCAUCACCAGCUCCUCCCGCCGCGACCAACGAUUGUUGGGUAUGCAGAGAUUGGAGCGGACCUGACGAUGUCGCCGCCCAGUAUCCCAGAGAGGGACUGCCCCGGAAUGACCCUGUAGGAUAUCUUGCCCGCGCACUAUGUGAUCCGUUCCCUUCGUAUAAUGACAAGGCAAGGGCCAUCUUCACAUGGUUCCACCACAACAUCGCAUAUGAUACACAAGCCUUCUUCAGCGGAAACAUCAGGGGCCAAACACCUGAAAAUACCAUUUUAUACGGUGCAGCCGUUUGUCAGGGUUAUGCGGAGACUUACAAGGCAAUCGCCAACAAGGCAGGCUUGGAGUGCAUUGUUGUCGGUGGCCAUGGCAAAGGCUACGGGUACACUGCCUUGAAAAAGGGAGAAAGACCGCCGCCAGCUGACCCUAGUGGCCACGCAUGGAACGCUGUCAGAGUUGACGGCGGUGUUUGGAGGCUGCUUGACGCCUGCUGGGGAGCUGGCCACAUUUGUGGAAAUAACAAUUUGUUCAAGAAAGAAUUCAGUCCCGUGCAGUUUACAAACAGCGGCCACCGGUUCGGCAAUACCCAUUUCCCCUCUGAUGGUAGGCACCAAUUCCGAGAGGAUGGCCGGACCAUUACUUGGGAUGAAUACAUCAUUGGCCGUUCACAGGGCCCGCCGGUAGAAGUGUUUGGCAACGCCGGCCAGGAGGGCAUUGCUGAAGAUUCAAUCGAGCCUGCGUCAAAGGAAAUAUCUGUAUACAGUGGCGAGGUUGUUCGCUUCCAGUUUUCAAAAAUCUGCGAGCACUGGAAAUCAGAAAAGAAUGGCGGUGGAAAGCCUCCUUUGUUCCUGUUACAAUUCCACGGUGUCGAUGGCCGCAAAGACGACAUUAUUCCGAUUGAGACGGAUGGCUACUGGCACUGGGCUGAUGUCAAUGCUCGCGAUCUUGGCGCUCCGGGCCAAUCGGUGAUGGUGCUGCAAUUGACGUCUAUGGAUGGUCAAGACGCCAGGGGCGUGACCGCUCAGCAGUUUCUCUCCAAGAAGGGUAAGGUUGGAAUGGCUUGGGCGUAUGUCGCCAAGUGGGAACUGGUUUAG